AUGCUCGAAUUCUUGACUCCUGUCAAUGAUUCCAUUCAACAAUUCGACCUUUCACACGAGUUUUACUUCAUGUUAUCUCAUCAAGGCCGUGUCUUUUCAUUCGGAAAGAAUGUAUGUGGUGUUUUGGGCCUCCGAGAUUUGGAAUCGAGACAAAUACCGACUCUUGUUGAAUUUCCUGAUCUAGAUCAUACCAAUGACAAAAUUGUGGAUUUCAAAUGUGGAGAGAAGCAUGUCUUGUUCCUCUCACAACAGGGAAGGGUAUUUUCAUGUGGAUCGAAUGAGUUUGGACAACUUGGCUCUCGUCACAAGAAGGAGCUCAAUGUGCCUGAGGAAAUCUUAUCAACCUAUUUUGAUUCACCCAUUCGAAAGAUUUUCGUGGGACCUUAUCAAUCAUUCUUCAUUUCAGAAAAAGAGACAAUCUAUGCGUGUGGAAAAAACGACUUGGAUGAAUUAUUUUGUGAUGAUCCCCGAAUGAACAUCUACGGGAAGAGUAUUUUUCGCUUAACAGAGCCGACGAGUAUUUCAAGAAGAGUCAAACAACAAUCGAAGGGGUUGCCUGUGAAGAGUAUUUUUGGAGCAGAUGUAAAUACUGGAUUUCUCUUCGGGGAUGGAACGUUAUUUAUUACCCAUUCGUCAAAUUACAUGUAUGAAUUUGACCAGAACAAGCCAACUCCUGAGCCAUGUUAUGCCAUCAUUCCAGUCCAUAACUCAUAUCACAAUGUGAAAAAGGUUGUUUUUUCCAAGUAUAAUAUUAUUUUUAUUUUGGAGGAUGGUGACUGCUUGGUGUGUGGUGGAGCUGAAAUGUUGGGCACUGCUGACAGAGUUCGUGACUUUGAGAGAAUUUCUUUGGGAAAUAAUGAAAGGAUUGAGGAUGCAAUUUGUGGACAUUUUCAUGUCAUUCUGAAAAGUUCGCAAAGAAAAUUGUACUCUUUUGGUUGCAAUACGUUUGGUGAGCUCGGACUUGGAAACACUUCUACGAGAGAGUCUUUCAGAGAAUUGAAACCCAUGUUGCUUCCAUUCACAUGGGAAGAAAAUGAUCAAGUUCACGUUUUUGCUGGAAGAAAUUGCACAUUCAUCAUGCUUGAAAAACCAAAGGAUGUCGUUGAAAUUCAAAUUGCAAAGCGUGUGGUCAUGUUACAACAGCAGUAUCUUCCUGAAACAACGAAUAACUAUCAUCAAAUGGGAAACAUCUCUUCCAUUCACGUCUCUCUUCCAUUGGUGAAGAGUAUUUCACCUGAUUUGCAUGCCCUUCUCACCAAUCAUGAAUUCAUUGAAAAUUUGAAAGAACGAGAAAUGCGCAUGUUGAAACAUUUGGUGCAAUUCAUUUGUUGUGAAUUGGCUCUCGUUUUGCCAGAUACCCUAUCUAAAGAUCAAAAUGCAGAGGACGACGGACUUGAUCCUUAUACAUCAUAUUUAUUCUCCAUCUUUGAUCGAUUUCUCACAACAAUUAGAGUUCACUCACAAAAGGAAGAUAUUUCAUGUGAUUUGGCUGCGUGUGUAUUUCUGUUGAAUGACAUUUCAGAUAUUGGAGUUCAUUUCAAAGCAUUUAUUUUCAAUGAAUUGUUCAAUAAUGUCUCGACAGAAAAUUCUCUACCAAUUUUGGAGCAGUUCAAUACCUAUCUCACAAUUAAGGUGCUGAAAAAGUCAAAGAAUAGCUUGGUACUCUUAGCGGUUCAGAAGUGUCUCUCCUAUAUGAAAAAUAAUUACCCAGAAAUUGAGAAAUUGUACUCCCAUAGAGAAAACUUUUCUGUCAUCAAACCAAAGAUUAGUGAUGCGAAAACAGAUUUUUUCAAAAUUCAAGUGAAUUGGAGUGAACACGAAAUUGAAAAGGAUCUUGUUUCAUGUCUCAAUACACUCUUCAAUGAGUCGUUAACUAGUGACAUUUCUGUGAUUAUAGAUGAAAAUAAUAAGGAAGAGCUAGUCUUACACAAACAUGUACUUGCAACAAAUAGUCCCGUUCUAGCAGCCCUAUUCCGUGACCAUGACGACACUUCUCAAUCAUCAUUGAUCAAUCUUUACGACUUUUCCUUAAUGAUGCAGGAUGAGUGGACUGAAAUGUUUUUCAACGCAUGUCCAAAAAGUAGAUGUGAAAUUUUACGCAUCCUCUUGGAAAUGUGUUAUUCCAAAUUUGAUUCAGGACUUGAUUUAUCGACUCUCAUUUGUGUACUGUUAAUUGCUCACCAAUUUCAAAUGGAAUUCAUUGUGAAACAUUUAUGUGCCAUGUUGAUCAAUAGAAUUCCUUCUUUGAAGAAUUCACCACUGGAUCUACCGUCACUGUUCCACCUUGCUUCACUUUUGGAGGUGGACAUUAAUUGUAGAGAUUUUACUGAUAGGUUCAUUAUUCAAUGUGCAAGAGAAAUGAAACAAAGCGAAUUGAUCGAACUCAUUAAGAGAUAUGAUGACAAGUUUGUGCCAUCCUUCGUUCAGCGCUUGAGAGUAUUACAAGACUUGACCAAUAAGAACCAAAUGUUGAAAUAA